CCUCGUACAUGCUUUAUUGACGACGAAGCCUCAAGGUGAUCGUUCUCUCAUCGUUGGCUAUGCUAACCUGACAUUUCUCAUGGUAAUUAUUCUAAUUCAUAACUGCCACGCUCCACUAUAUCUAAAUUACUUGCAGCUUUUCUGCGACCAGGAAAACCAACACGAUCGAUCCAGUCGUUCUCUUAUUAAACAGCAGCGAGGCGCAAAUGCAAAGAUAAACCCCCAUACGAUGCGCCGACUCCAUCUUCCGAAAUCCCAAACGACCGAAUUACAUGCGAUAUAAUCACUUACUCAAGAUCAAAGAUCGUCGUAUCUCCAGUCACACCGUCAUACCUUGUGGGCUCCAGAGCCUCAGAUAUGUCAACUCCCCAGAAGUCAUCCAGAUGGGGCUCCUUCUUGUCCCAGGCCGUCGCUGGCGUCGAGGCGAGGCUUGACAAUAUCCUCGCCGAGGAAGAUUCUGCGAAGCAGUCCGCAUCGCAAAGACCCACAAGACCGUCGUCCGCUUCCUCUACGACCCCUUCCAGCGCGAACAUACCACCCCGGUCUACUACGCCCUCCAGAUCUACCAAUGAUAGAUUACAGGAACGCUUAGCUCGAGCCGUUGCCGCCAAGAAUGCCGCUCAAAGGUCCGGUUCUUCGCCUGCCAGACCGAGUACCGAAAUCGUCUCACCAACUCAAAGUCCCCGUGCUAGCUCUGACAUUCCCUCCAGAACAAGCGCUGAAAGGGUGGAGGUCUCAAAGGAUGAUACACCGAGCCAAGAAUCUACUUCGGAGCAGACAUCCGCCGUACCCGCUAAUGGACAAGUCGAUCGCGAUGUUGACGUUGAAAGAUCCCAGACGCCUGCGUUUGAGCCUGACGCAGUGACUUCUACUAGCCAUUUAGAGACUGAAACCGCUUCGUCGUCGACGACAUUAUAUGAACAGCGCAUUGCAAAUCUUGAGAAAUCUCUAGAAGAGACUCAUGUACAACAUCAGGAGGAGCUUCAUAACCAUGUGGAAAGGGUUGACGCUCUACAAGCUAAACUGCAAUAUCUAGCCCGACAAGCGUCGGAGGCAGCGAGAAAUGCCGCCACCGCUGCACCGGCUGGGAGCGAGGAGAAAAUCAUUGCCGAGAAGGACCAGCAAAUCGCCCAGUUAAUGGAGGAAGGGCAAAAAUUGGCAAAUACAGAGCAGAAACACCGAAGCAUCAUCAAGAAACUAAGGGGUCAGCUUGCGUUGGGCGAAAGGGAGCUCAACGAACAGAAGCUCUGGCGUCAAAAGGCGGAGAAUGAGCUUAGUGCACUACGGAAGAAAGUAAACGAACAGGGCGAUGUCGAGAAGGCAAACACGGAAUCUCAGAAGCAAAUAAGCCAACUUAAGAGAGACUUAGAAAGACUAAGAGCCGAGAUCACCUCAAGAGACAACACGAUAUCUGAGCUUAAGGAUCGACUCCGAGAAGAAUCAGACCAGGCUAAAAAUCUGGCUGCUAAGAUAAACGAUCAGCUACGACAGGCGGGAGAACAGCGCGUGAAAGAGCUAGAGGACGCGGUAGCGGCGCUGGAGGUAGAGAAAGGCCUGGUAGCCGACCGCGCCAAGAUACAAGCAACAGAGCUACAAGAAAAGGCUGAUAGGGCCGCGGAGCGUUCUCGCGCCGUGGAGCUAGAGCUUAAGGGGGAAGUUCAGAUUCUCGAAAGCAAAUUAGAAGCCCUUCGAAUCCGGGCGGAAGAAGCAUCGUCAGGCGCCGUGGGCGAUGCGCAAGCAAAACUACUCCGCCAGAUAGAAACUCUCCAAACACAAUAUUCCAUCGCCAGCGAGAACUGGCAGGGUAUCGAAGCAUCCCUGAUUGCGAAAACCGCGGCGUUGGAGAAGGAGAGGGACGAAGCGCUGCGUCGCGAAUCAGACAUGAGGCGGAAAGCCCGGGAGACGGCUUCCCGAGCCAAACGUCAAGAGGAAGAGUUGGAGGAAGCGAGGAGUCAACUUCCCAGCGUCCAACAAGAUUUGUCCUCAUACCAAUCUCAACUUGAAUCAUUGCGCAGGCGAGCCGAGGAGGCUGAGACUUCGUUGGCUGAAGCAAGAUCCGAUUUCGAACGACAGCGGUUGGCUUGGAAAGAAGAAAAGGCUGAACGGACGGAUCAGGACCGGCGGAACUGGCUAGAGGAUGUCCCAACCGCAGCCUUUCGCAGCAUUAGCCGUCCAGAAUCUCCUCUGCUGACCGCGCCGCAAAGAACUUUCAGCGGCGAGUUCCUCGGGCUGCAGAGCUACCCGACAAGACUUCGCAAGACCUCGGCGCCCUCUAGUAACGGUGAGCCGAGUCCUGGCGAUCGACCGUCGUCCGCCAGGCGGCCGUCAGCGCAGCCUCCCAUCCGCUCACCCAUGUUUCCCGUGACGUCGGUGCAGUCAGGAACGCCGCCAUCCCUCUCGGGCGGGUUGGAGAUGUUAGCAUCUCCCUCGUCGCAUCCCAUCGAUAGGGACGACGUCUUCGACAAUUCCGAAACUCCGGCCUCUCCCCAGAACGUGCUACAAGAUAUGGUAUCAGUCUCGACCAUGACAGCGGGGCCAUCAGUGCAGCUCGUUGAAAGGAUGAGCGCCGUAGUUCGUCGUUUGGAGAGCGAAAAGGUAGCAGCCAAGGAGGAGCUUGCUAGGAUUUCGAGCCAGCGGGACGAAGCUCGCGGGGAGAUAGUCGUUCUAAUGAAGGAGGUUGAGGCUGGGAAGGGAGCAAGGAAAAGGGUUGAGGAAUUAGAGAAGGAGGUGGCAGAGAUGAACGAAAGAUAUCAAACUACGCUCGAGAUGCUCGGAGAAAAGAGCGAGCUGGUGGAAGAAUUGCGUGCAGACGUGGUCGAUGUCAAAGCCAUGUAUAGGGAUCUCGUAGAACGCACGAUUAAAUAAGGACGAGCAAACGGCUCGGCUAUGCCUUUUGUUACCUAAGCCUAUUUUUGGGUAUAGGCAUGAAGCAAUAUUAUCAUGAGUAGCACAUACAGUCGAUGACAAUGGUCGAACCCUGUAAUGCCCUUUCACAGCUCAAUCCCCUCGUUUUCAGCCUCCCGCUCGAUAUACUUGCGAACUUCCUUAUCGGGCGCAAGAUCUAGUGCGAGAUAUCCGUCCAGGUCUCGCUUGUCGAUCUCGGCUCCAGCCUUAAGUAAGGCCACCGCGGUGGCUCCUGGUGUUGUCAGU